GAGUUUUUCCGAUUCAGUUUCAUUUUGUGCGCCGAGCUGCUCGCAGGUCCCGUGGAACACGCGGAUGCAAGCACACACCGCAAGUGGUACCGCAAAAACCGUGUCCUCUCGUUACCCCCAUGUGGUGUCCCUCCCUCGUUCGUCUCGUUCGUGAAAAGUAGAAGCAAACGGGAAACAGCAAGGAGUAGCGAAUCGGUCGAGUUCCACCGCCGGGCAGCGUGUGUUGUACCUGCCGACAGCACUAGUGACAGUUUUAGAGAAGUGAGUUAGAAGUGAAAAGAAGCAAACACAAAAUACACAAAAAACAGUACCUACACAUAUAUGUUUCAACGUUAAUAAUUCUAACAGAAUGACAGUCUGUCAAGUGACGUUUUGUUUGAGUAAGCGAAGAGAAUUGUGAUUGUGCAUUAGAAUUGAUCAACCGACGAGUACCGACGAGUAGUUGUGAAUUGUAUCAAGUGUGCCAGUGUGAAUCUCGAGCCAACUGACGAUCCUCCAAUCCCAUCCAACAACCCUUUAGAAGCGAUCCAAGUGGAGCUACCGGUGGAAACAACACCGUGAAAAUAAAGCAAACGCUUUCACGAUUUAUUGUGUGUUCUUGAUCGAGCUUAGUACCCGAGCAUCCAAACAGAGUAUCGAAUUGUUGUCGCACCCAUAACCUUGUUCCUGACCCGUGUAGGUGGUGUUUAUUGUGGUGCAACGAAAGCGAAAGUUUACCUUUCAAAGCGAAAAGUUGGUGCGCUAUAGAAUUUUAGUGAGAUAUUUCAUCGUGAAAGUGUGAAAUAGCCGCCAAUUUCAAUCGAAACCCAACAAAAAAUCGCGUGUGCUUGUGGUGUUUAGUGUGUGCUGGUAAUAGUGAAAAAAGGGGCGUAAAGUUGCGGGUGAAGCUCCCUUUGCACGCGUAACAAUGCCUAUCCAUAGCAGGAUGAAAGCUUGUGCAAUAGUGCCAAUGUCCCAUCGAUCAGCCAUACCGAGUGCGUCGGUCGAGCAGCGGUGUGUCUGCUGAAAACGAAGUGUUGUACAACGCAUGUUUUUUGGUGUGUUAUCGCUUUUCGGCGAUUCACUUUUUCGCCAAUCCGUGGAACGUAUCGCGAGAUUUGUGGUACAUAUGUGUGUGUGUGUGUGUGCGUCCUGUGUGAGCGCAUGUGUGUGUAUGUGUGCGUUUCGAUAUACAAGUGCGACUUGUCGCCGUGACCCAGCAGUGUGCAGUGUGCUGUGAGAGCAAGAAAAACCAUGAAGAAAUCAACUGACAUGUGUCAUUACCGAUCAGCGAAGAAGUUUAAAUUAUUGCCCAAAAUCCGAGCCAGUCCAAGAUAUCGGGAGGCACCCUAGAAACGAAGAAAUUUGUGCGAGUGUGAAACCGCACACAGUUAAUGUUGCGUCUCCUUCCCAAGCUCGUCCGUGUGCAAUCCGUGGGCCGACAGCUGUCCGGGCAGCUGACACUGUACGCAAGGUCGUACCAAACUCAAAUUUGCCACACCGAAGAGACGAGAUAAAGAAGAUUUUUUUUUUUGGUAGGAACCGAUUGAGUUUCCACCAGCCAACAGUAUUCGUGAAGCGAAGUGUUCUGUUCGGGACACUAGAAGCAGAUUCCAAGGGCAGACGGGCAAGAAGAGAUCUUGCAUCUGCAACAUUCAUUGCGAAGAUCCUAAGCGGGAACUAAAGCAACUAGCCUAGAUCCUAGUAUCUCCAAGAGUCGUCCGCACUCCGACAAUACGAUCGUGGAUCGACCCGACCGUCCAAGAGGAUCUUCAGAGCAAAGCAAAAUAACGCGGAUCCGACUAGGGCCAAAGAUAUAGCCGUACCAUACCCCACAAAACAAACAUACAUACCAGUCAAACUGACGAGACGCCAUGUACUUACGCAAAUGGAGUCCAGUAAAAUAUUUGAUGUACCUAUGGCUUGCAAUUCUGGUUUGGAUGUUCUCUCGGUGUGAUAGUGCCGCCACGAUGCACCUGGCACCGCCACCGUAUCACAGCAGCGGCUUCCAGGGCACACCCGGUGGCCACUCCAGUAGCAUUAGCAGCAGCAGCAGCAGCAUUAGCAGUAGUGGUAGAUAUGUUAGUGAUAGCCGUAGCACAACAACUAGCGUUAGUAGUCACACCUCGGCGCCGGCGCACCGUGUGGAGGAGGGUCUGUCCGGCGGUGCGAUCCCGCCCCGGUUAUACACUAGCUCCGGUGCGCCAUCCACCGCAUCAUCACCACCACCACCACUGCCGCUGCUAGUCCUGCCCAGGAGUGCGCCCUGGCCCUGGCAGCAACCGGCGGCCAGCCGUGGCUCUGAAGCGUCUGCUGUGCAGCUGCUUCGGCGCACCAGUGCCAACACCAAAGCCGAGCAGCCGGGCCGAACAUUACCAGCGAACCAGCUGAGCGAGCUCGAUCCGCAACCGAUCGCGCUGCCAGCGUCCGCCGGGGAGGAGUCAUCCACUGGCAACAGUAGUAUUAUCAAUGCGGAACGCUCGCUGCAGCAGCGUUGGGCGUCCCAGAUGCGGCUUAAAGGCGAGCGUCGCCGACUGCACAGGAGACGCUGGCGAACGGCAAACAACAGCAGCAGUCGGUCCAGCAGCCUGCUCGCCAGCCGCAAUCGUCGUGAUUCGGCCCUGCUGCCGACCGGAUACGGCGGUAGCGUCCGGCCAGCGUCUACCGGCAGCGGACAGCAGCACCCGGUGCGACCGCAGCGACGGAACGGUACCGGCGGCGGCCCUGGCCAGCGCCGCUACUGUUCCGCCCGCGAUCCAGCGACGCUCGCGUUCGAGGCACCGAUCGUGUGCGAAGCGAAGGUAAAGUCAAUGAGCGACCGGCGACCCAUCUUUGCCGCCACGUUCGAGAUACUGGCGCUGCACAAGCUGCCACCGAAGGGGCGGCCGCUGCGGGGCCUUACCGUGCGGCUGCAGUUCAACCUGACCACCGCGAACGAAUGCGACAUCUUUCGGGGGAAGUUCCGCGAGCGGGGCUUCGUGCGCGAGGAGCUCGAGCUCGGCAAGGUGUACUUCCUGUUUCUGAAGCCGAACAUGCGCUACACCAACUUCACCAUUCUCGGGCAGCCGAUCCGCAAGACCAAGCGGUCGGAGGGUGGUGUGCUGCAGGGCGUCAAUCCUAACUACGGUACCCGGCCAGCGAUCCACUUCAUCACACCGAACGUGACGCGCGUCGAGGGCAAGCGGGUCCGGCUGGUAUGCAAGGUCGGUGGUCAGCCACCGCCGAAGGUGGCCUGGUUCAAAGACAAGCGGCUGAUCAACCGGAACGCCACCAAGUACGCCCAAGUGCAUCUGAAGAAACGGUCCGAGCUGAUCAUCUUCAACACCAGCACGACGGACUCUGGAGAGUACGAGUGUCGGGCCAAAAAUAGAUAUAACAAUUCGUCCGUCUUCAACUCGACGCACGUUAAAAUUACCUUACCAAAAGCGACCAUUCCUGCGGUCUACUCGCGGUCCUGCGCCGACAGCCAUCGGGACGACUUCUGCCACAACGGCGGCACGUGCUUCAACAUCGACAGCAUCGGGGAGCUGGCUUGCUACUGUCCGAAAGGAUUUUCCGGUUUUCGGUGCGAAAACAAGGACAGCGAGUUUCAUCCGGUCUCUUCGAACAAGCAGCAGGACUGUACAUCACAGCGAUACGCAGGUUAUUAUUGCUAAAUAAGGCUUUAUAACAUCAGCAAACAAAACCACACACUCACACACCCACCCACACACACACCAACCCCCCGAUUGCAAACGAACGAAAUGAACAGAAAUGAAAAACAAAAAACAAAAACCUCCCUCGAAUCACCGGUCACGGUGCGCGGUUCGGCAUCUGGAGUAGCGAUCGGGUGUUUAGGUAAACGGCCCGCCACACGUGCAGGCUGUCUGUCCCGCUCCGCAGAAAGAACGCAGGAAGAAAAUUGCCCGGACCCCACGACGACGACGACGCACACGAAUGCCGCGGACCGUUGAAAGCCGUUUUAAUGCCGGACAUUGUUGUUCUCGUUUGUUGGGGAUGGCGGCCAUGGGGGGAAGUAAUUAGUCAGCGAAAAAACCAAAAAUUAACACUAGUAGAAAAUCGUCCUAGCCGUAGGGUAAACAAAACAAACUCACACCCAUACACACAAACGCUGUGGUAUUUCAUUUAAAAUGCCAACUAAAGCGACGUACCAACGGACGGACGUUGUGUUGAGGAAGUCCUAUCGCGACCUAUCGAGCAGCGGGAAGAACGGAUAGGUUAUGCAAGUAGCUAAAGUGACUUAUUUUCCAGUUCCACUAGUCGGUUCCCUUCUUUCGCUCUCUCUCACUCUCUCUAUCGCUCUCCACCAUACACGUUUGGUCGUUGGUUUUGUAAAUACCAGCCUGUAAAGCAAAGGGAGUACGCAAUCGUAGCAAAAGCUGAAACCGUGCGCCACUUUCUAACAAACAACAGUUUUGACCCAAAGGCAAAGCAAGCCGGAUUAGGAACAUGAAAAAGGAAUCAACAAGCAAUAUCCAAGAUAGCUAGCCUGUUCUUGUACAGUACACCGGUGCACAUGGGACAAAACAGGAUAAAAAGAUAGGCUAAAACAAAGCGUAAAACACGACAAGUAUAAAACAGCGGCAGCGAACGAAACAGCUGGACGGUGACGGUGUGCACUGUGUGGAAAAGGAAAAGGGGGUGGGAAAAAAGUUGAUAGUACAAAUUUGUGUAUAAUGUAUAAAGUGAAACCUAUUUAUUGUUUUAUGUGUACGUAAGCAUAUUACUCUCCCGUCAGCUCCGAGGGGCAAGGUGAAAACUGAGUGUAGGUGAACAUUUUGCAAACCCGGACAAGGAGGUAAUAGAGUAAACCGAAUCAUAGGUUUAAUAUAAACGAUAGUAAAAAAAGGGGGAAAAAAGAAUACAGCACUCCGAAUACAGUGCUGCACACGGCAGACGGAAUAAAAGCAAAGCAAGAUAACAAAAUAAAAGAAACAUAAAAAAAUACAAAGAAA